UAGCUGCAUUCGCUCCGCCCCCUCUUGGCCUCACCUACUCCGCCCUGCACUAGCUCCGCCUGGUUCUCUCUCUCCAGGUCGGGGUGGUGAGGCAGAGAGAACCACCAGCGCCCAAAUGAUCCGUGUGUGAUUUCUCCCUGGAAAACUGCUAGGAAUGCGCUCUGCGGACAAAACUGGACUCCACCGGUUUGGGACAGAGAAUCCUGGAGUCCCGAAUAACAGGUGAGCGUGCUCAAGGAGGGACAGUCCAGGGUCACCAGCCAGAACGCCAUGGCCGCGCUGACCCGCCGCCUGUGCCAUAUCGCUUUCCACGUGCCCAUGGGGCAGCCUCUUGCCCAGGAUCUGCAGCGCUUCUUCAGCUUCCAGCCCUUGGCUGUGCGGGAGGCAAACGGCUGGCGGCAACUGGCCCUGCGCAGCGGGGACGCAGUCUUUUUGGUGAAUGAGGGCGCGGGGACCCAGGAGCCGCUGUACAGCCUGAACCCGUGUCACGCUGUGCCCAGCGCCACCAACCUGUGCUUUGAGGUGGCAGACGCGGCAGUAGCUGCGCAGGCGCUGGAGGUGCAGGGCUGCAGAACGCUGGUGCCCCCAGUUAGCAUACGGGAUGAGCACGGUGCCGCCACCUACACUGUAAUCAGCUCGCCGGUGGGCAACCUCAGCCUAACACUGCUGGAGCACGCCCACUACGACGGACCUUUCCUGCCUGGCUUCCGGCCCCUGUCCUACAAAACUGGCCCGGGCUGGAUCAGCCACGUGGACCACCUGACCCUGGCCUGCACUCGCGGCAGCUCUCCCACACUGAUGCGCUGGUUCCAUGACUGUCUAGGCUUUUGCCACCUGCCACUGAGCCCAGAUGAAGAUCCCAACGUGGGCCUUGAGGUGACAGCAGGGUCUGGACUAGGGGGGCUGAGGCUCACUGCCCUGCAGACCUCACCAUGCAGUACUGUCCCCACCAUCUUGCUGGCCGAGUCCCUGCCAGGGGCCACCAGGGGCCAGGACCAAGUGGAACGGUUCCUGGCUCACCACAGAGGGCCAGGCCUGCAGCACGUGGGGCUGUACACACCGAACAUCGUGGAAGCCACUGAAAAGGUGACCUUAGCUGGGGGCCAGUUCCUGACUCCUCCUAAGGCCUACUACCAGCGGCCAGGCAAGGAAAGUCAGAUCCUAGCUGCAGGGCAUGAGCCAAGCCAGCUGGCCCAGCAGGGAAUCCUGCUAGAUGGCGAUAAAGGCAAAUUUCUGCUUCAGAUCUUUACCAAGUCACUCUUUGCAGAGGACACCUUCUUCCUGGAGCUGAUUCACAGGCAGGGGGCCACAGGCUUUGGCCAGGGCAAUAUCCAGGCCCUGUGGCAGUCAGUCCUUGAAGGAGCAAGCCCCCAGGAGCAAGCCUGACAGAGGACACUGGCAGCUGUCCAGCACAGGACCUGGUGGAAUAAAAAAUCACCUAGAGGCCCAGAGUGAAAGACUCUGUCCCUAGGGGCCAGGUGCGGCCUCCACCUCAUCAGUACCUAGCGGACACUGAAUCUCUCACUGGAGUCCAAAGAGGAUAGUCGAUUUUUAACUAUAGAAUGUUUCUUACAUAGUGUAUAUCUAAUACAUGUGGAAGAUAUAAUAAAGGAGUAUAACUCCUUUAGGAAGUAGAACAUGACCAAUACUUCUGAAGACUUUUGUGCCCUUCUCUGAUCCCAUUUUCCUACACCCUCUCCCAAUUUUAGGAUCAUUAACCCCUUGCUUUUCUGUGUUUCACUACAUAUGUAAUCUAUCCCUAAAUGAAUGAUUUACGUGAGGUAGAAAUUUAAGACGAAACAACUCUUCCCCAGUGCUUUCUUCCUCUGUAAGGAGCAGCCACAGUAGUGGGGAGGGCCAGGUCAGGGCUGAGCCAAAGCACCGGUGCUGGGGUGAUGCUGCUCGGCUGCUGCUGCUGCUCCAGAACUGACCCAGGGCCUGGAGUGUGGGGGUGGGGUGUCAGCCACCAGCAGGUGCUCCCUGCUGCUGCUUUCUCCCUUUCCUGUGGGCCCAGGGAGCUCUGAUGACUCUGGACAGUACACUCCCCUCUACCUGCCCCGGAGCUGGCCAGGAGCUCAGCCAGUAGAAGUCGGGACCAAGUAGGACCUGACCACUUUCCCGGACCCUGAGGUAAGGGCACUAGGGAGAGGAUGGAAAGUCUCCAAAACAACUACAGCCCUGGCUGGUGUAGCUCAGUGGAUUGAGCACGGGCCUGCGAACUACAGGACUGCGGUUCAAUUCCCAGUCAGGACACAUGCCUGGGAAUAUGCCAGUUCCCGGAAGGGGACGCAAGAGAGGCAACUAUACACUGAUAUUUCUCUCCCUCUCUCCUUCCUUUCCCCUCUAAAGAUGAAU